AUGUCGACCCGCGCUCACGCUCAGCCGCCUCCACGGCAAGACUGCCUCGCAUGCCGCGUCAUCGGCACCACCGCUCUGGGCGCGGUGGGGGUGUACGCUCUGCACCAGUCUCGCGCACACCAGCCCGGCUCCCCUCUCGGAAAGCGCAUCAUGGCCGUCGUCGGCCUCGGAUUCCUUGUCGCUAGCGGCAUGCGCUGGGCAAGAAGCCCGUAG